CAUGAUUAUGAUUCAAUAAAACAAGUUAUCAAUAAACUUUGUAAAAUUUCUUAAAAUAUUGACAGAAGAUAAAAAACAUAGGCAAUCAUCUUAUCUAGGUUACACAAGUAAUUACACAUUCAACAAUACAUUAACAAUUUCUAAUGAUAUUUUCCACUCUACAGCAUCUAGAAAAGUUAAAGAAUAAAAUCAUAAUAAUAUGAAGUAUGAGUUGUUGAAACCAACUAACCCAAAAAAUCAAUAACCAUCAAAAGAAUGACUGUGCUAUAAUUACCUACUUAUGUCCAUAAAAAUUAAGCUAAUGUGAUGUUAUGAAACAUAAUGUUUAUGAUAAGAUAGUAUCGUUCUACAUUCAUUAAUAACAACGAUAAUAUUGUACUUUAUCUACAAAGACAUGCAACAUCGAUUCCUUCUAAAUACUAACAAAUUCUAAGAAUGUUUGAUGAAAUGAUGCCAUGAAAGGUUGAGACAGCAUCUAACGUAAACAAAAAGCGUAAACACCGAAUCCAAUGACUCACAAUGACGAAGUUUUCAUUAUCAUAUCACAACACGCAUACAUUACUAACGUUAGUUACGAUCUAGCACUCGACAGACAUUCUCGUGUUUAAUUCACGUUUAUUUUCUUUAUCAGCUUGUUUUUACGUCGAUUCAUCAAGGUCGAUUUAUUGAGUGAGCGCAGUUGACACACUUAAAGGUGUCGCAUACGUAAAAUCGCACAUUAUCCUUUAGCGAGAACAAAGGCUUUUAUUUGCAAAUUUACACUCCGGAGACCGACACACCAGCCUGUUGAUCGGGACACGUGUCCUAGACGGUACAUACGUGAAAACGGGACGAUGCGAGCGUUCGACGCGCGCGUGUGAUAAAAAUCGAAUGCAAAAAUGAUUAAAAGGAACGGUGAUAAUGUGUUUGCGAUCGCGUCGAGUAACAAUCAGUGUCAAGGCGCGCGGAGUGCCGUCUCGCUCUACCCGGGCCCGGGCGGCGCGGCCACGAGGAUACCGCGCGCCACUGCGGGCAGGAUGACGCCGCCCGACGCGCCACACCACUCCAAGGAGGCGAACAUCGCGCUCUCCACAUACGUCGAAAAGUGGAAAAACAGAUAUGAAGAGUCCGAAAGAAAGCACAAAGCGUACCUCCUCAAAUCCGAAAAAGCGAGACGGGAGUACGAUGACCUCCAACGCCGCCACAACAUCCUCACCGAAGAGAGGAACCAUCUGGACGCCGAGCUGAGAGAGAGGGAGAGAGAGCUGAACAAGCUUAAGAAUGUCUCCGAAAAGCUGUUCAGAGAGUACCAGCAGCUGAAGAACCAGCAUGAAGUCGACACUGGAGUUAUGCAUAAGGUUAUGCAGCAAGCUGGCGAGUGGUACAAGCAAAACAAGCAGCUGAAGCGCCGCAGUACCGCGCUGCUUCAAGCGCUGCCGGCGCGCGCCGUUGACAUCGACCUCACCGACUCUACUGACACAGCGUCAGAUACCAGCAGUAACGAGGAGGUGGAGUUCCUGAAGCAGACGGUAUGCGAGCUCAGCCGGCAGACGGCCGAGCUACAGACCGAGCUCAGCGCGGCCAAGCUGCACGAGUUCGAAGCUCACGAGCUCAAUGUGGCGCUCGCCCAGGAAGUAGAAACAGAGCGAGAGAAAUGCACAUCCCAACAGAAGGAGUUAGAAGAGUUACGCAAUCAACUGGAGCGACACAACCGCGUGUCCAAGCUGCUCGUCGACGAAGUGUCCGCGCUCAAGAACAACGCCGACAAGGACAGGGAGAUGGCUGAGACAUACAAAUCCGAAGCGCGUGAUGCUAAAAAGCGGGUCAAACUGCUCACUCAUCAGAGCACGCUGCUCAUGGGGGAGUUAGAAGCUGAUGAGCGACUCAUGCUGCUUCUGACUGAAGUGGACAGCCUCAAGGACGCGCUCGAGAACCAGGCGCUCAGGCAUCAUGAGCAAGUGGAGGAAUUGCAGGUAGGAAGAGCUAGUCAAAGAGCAAUUGAGGAGUUCUAGGUAUGAAUAAGAGGA